UUAUAAGUGAUCUGUCAUCUUCCGCUGCAACAGGUGAGGGCCGAGACGCUCCCAUCUCCGACUUCCCCAGACGUCUUCACACUUCUCCACGGUCCUAAAAGCGCUUUAUCAUGGCCACAAACGUCCAUGAAAACAUAUAUGAACAAAUAGAUGAGGGAAACGUAUAUGAGCAGCAACCGUAUAUGAAGGCAAACAGCACGACAGAGCCCAAAUAUGAGAAUCAAAAAGGGCCUCAAGAGAGUCCAGCGGAACCAAUCUACAGCGUGGUCCAGCGGCCGUCUAAAAACUACAAGGACACGAAACGAGACACUCAAGAGCAGGAACGGCAAUCUUCACCCUCAAGUGAACUAGAAGAGAAGACUGAAAGCCAGAUGGAGGUGGUGGCGUUGGCUCAGCAGAAUAGAGAUAGAAACGGGUCCAGACGGUCUUCAUGCGCUUCAGAGGGCUCCGGAGACCCUUGCAAUGACCCUCCCUUAUCGAUUCACGACGACCUGCUCAUGGCCUUCAGUCUAGCAGAAGAUUCAUCUCCAGAACCUGAGGAGAUUGUUGACUACAGCCUGAAAAACGUGGAGAACAGUGAUGUGGAGGAGACCACGACGGUUAUCGACACAGAUCAGCCUGACAUUGCGCUUUUUGUCAAGGCUGGUACUGAUGGUGAGAGUAUUGGAAACUGUCCGUUCUCUCAGCGACUUUUUAUGAUCCUUUGGCUCAAAGGUGUGGUCUUCAACGUCACCACUGUCGACCUGAAGAGGAAACCAGCUGAUUUGCACAAUCUGGCUCCAGGCACUCACCCUCCUUUCCUUACCUUCAACGGCGAGGUCAAGACCGACAUUAACAAGAUCGAGGAGUUCCUGGAGGAGGUUUUGGCACCACCGAAGUACCCCAAACUUGCAGCGAGACACAGGGAGUCCAACACAGCUGGGAAUGACAUAUUUGCAAAGUUCUCAGCUUUCAUUAAAAACACAAAGCCAGAUGCCAAUGAAGCUCUGGAGAAGGGUUUGACGAAGGCCCUCAAGAAGCUGGACGACUACAUGAACAGUCCCUUGCCUGAUGAGAUAGAUGCAGACAGCACAGAGGACGAGAGGGCCUCCGAACGCAAGUUCCUGGAUGGGAAUGAACUAACUCUGGCAGACUGCAACCUGCUGCCAAAACUUCACAUAGUGAAGGUUGUUGCCAAGAAAUAUCGGAACUAUGACAUGCCCACCGAAUUGACAGGAGUGUGGCGCUACCUGAACAGUGCGUACGCACAGGAAGAGUUCACAAACACCUGUGCCGCAGACAACGAGAUUGAAUUGGCAUAUCAGGAUAUGGCUAAGAGGCUAGACAAGUAAACAGAUGAACAAAUGUGACCAAACCAGACAACAUGUUGCCUAUGAUUCAAAACUGUAUUAAGGUUUUUUUUUCUUUUUCCAGGGCCUUUAUAACCAUUUAGCCAUUAUGUUAACACAAUGGAGUCUUAAAACGCCACAUCUUACAUAAACUUUGGUCUGUAGAGUCUUGCCUGAGUACAUGACUCAAAUGCAAAUGUAAAAUAUCAGCCCAUCUUCACCAGCUCUCGCUUAUAUGUUGCUCAUGUAAACAUUUUUCCAAGUGACUUUCCAGUUGUGUCUCAAUUUAAAGAGACACACUUAACAUUAGUGUCUCCUGUUGUUCUCUCUCACUUUCGGAAUGAAAAGUUCAUCCUGUUUUAUUCCCUUUCUCAUAUCACUGCAUAAUCUCAGAGAAUAUUUUCUAUCAGUCAUAAAUUGCAUGAAUGCUUGACUGCUGAAACCACAUGUUCAAGCCUUCAAAUCAUGAAAAAUUUCAAAAUUGUUCAUUUUUGUUUUUCAAUGCCCAAUCUGACCAUUUUUUUGCAAUUUUUAUUAUUAUUUGUGUUUAAUGGUGAAAAAGAUGUGCAGCAGGAUGUUUAAAAUAGAAAAGUGCCUUAGCUAUGUACAGCCUUGUAACAAAUCAUCAUAUACUUUCCAGGGUUUUGUCUUUUAUUUCAAGGUAUUUUCUGUAGAACCACUAAAAACAAUAAUUUUUAAAGUAUUUAAUUACUUAAUGAAGAGUUUUCAAACUAAUUUAAUAUGUGCCUUAAUUAGGAGAACGCAAUGUGGCAAAUACAACAUUUUAUUACUGAUACUUUUAAUUUAUAUAUAAAUACACUCAAAUAUAAUUUUAGAUGAUUUUUAAGAUUUAUGCAUUUUAAUUGCAUGACACAUUUCCAUCAAACUGAAUUGAGUAAUCUUUAAAUAAUAGACAUUAUUAUAAAUAAAGUAGGGAUGAACUGAUCCGAUACCUGGAUCAGUAUUGGCUCUGAUACUGUCGUUUUUUGAUGGAUCGGGUAUCACUCUGACGAUACUGUGUUAGACAUGUUUGUUACUCUUAGUCGAUUUUUGGAGGGUUUAAAGACUGAAGUGUGAAGCUUAUAAUUUUAGAAAAGCACUUACAGUAAUUCUUCUGUUAAAACUCAUGUAUUAUUUGAGCUGUAAAGUUGUUUAUAUCAUAAUUUUAGGGUUUGUUGACAUUACAUUGUCAUGGCAAUGAAGUUGUAAAAUUGGCUAUAACUUUACACAGAAAAGGUUAGUAAGGGAUUUUUAUCACAUUAAAAUCAUGUUAACAUGCAUAUUGAUUAUCUUGUGGCUGUAAUUUCGCAAUAGUGAUUAUUUAACAUUUACGAAUAGGCCAAUUCACUUCCAUUAUGCCUCACUGGAAACCAGAUUUGUGCUUUUAUUUUUCUUCUAUUUUUAAGAAAAAUAGGGGCAAGUCAAAAUCAUUUUGUGUGGUAAUUAGUAUUAUGCCACAAAUGCUGUUGAUUGAUCUUAACUUUUAUUGAUUCUGGAAUAUUCCUUUUAGUUUAAUGAAAUAUUUCACAUUACGCUUUAUUCAGAUUACUCAAUUCAGUUUUUAUGGAAAUGUGUCAUAUAAUUGAAAUCUGUUACUCUUUCAGCUAACCUGAAAUAUUUUUUCCUGAAAAAAAAACGUAGUUUCUGCAAACGUUUUCGAAAAUGCUCAUUUUAAUUGCCUUAUGUAACUUUGUUGUAAAUCUGGCGCUAAGAGUUCAAGUUCAAACUCAGCUGACAUUGAAUAUGUUCUUCAGACCUUCCUAUGUCAUCUCUCACAACUAAUAUAAUUUUCAGUUCUUUUACAAUUUAUUUUAGGCUUAUCUCAGUGUUUAACAUCAAUCAAAGAUGGACAUAUGGUACUUAAGUAUUUAUUCACAGCCCAGUUUACGGGUAAUCAAUGACUUGAGGGGUGAAAGGACACGACACACAGUGGUUCAUUGAAAUGGAGAAUAAGAAAAUCUGAUUGGGCAAAAAUCCAGGUCUCCUCCUUUCCACUUAGUACUGCUGGAACAUCAGAGGCCUGUGAUGGGUCCUUGAGGAGCUCCUGCUCUUUUGUGGUUUGGACAAGCAUUUGAUAUGAAAUGAGAGUGUGGCGCCAGAGAGGCCUAUUCCGAGUGAAGCUCUAUGAAUAAAAUAAUAUUUUCACAGUU